CACACACGCACACCCACAUGCACAUUCAUUCCUUCCCUUCUUCUUCACGUCGCUCCACCUACAGACAGGCCGCAGAUACAGCAGCAGAUACAGCACACCAACGAGAGAGCACGAGCUCCAGUGACGUGAACAGCGCACAGCUUUGUUUCAGAGGCAGGGUCCCCUCUUGCGCUGACGUUGUGAGUGCACACUGAACACCCACCCACGUGCACCCCACCCAUCAAGCACAACUCUACAAGCACCCACGACAACUCUACAACCACCAACGCCACGUACAACCGCGACCAAAACGCCUCCCGUUACUACGCGAGAGCAGGAGCACUCUCACACAGCAACGCGCGUGCACCAUGAGGCUCACGCGGCUGGUGCUGACAGUGGUGGUGCUGGUUUUGACCAGUGGCCUUCUUCACCCUAACCAUCGCCAUGUGUGCGAGGCGUUGAUGGAGAGCGACACGGAUGACACCAACACCAACAAGCAAAUGGACUCCGCAGACUACCUGCCAUUGGGCUUGACGAUGACUGGCAAGCUCAACUCGCAAGAGGACGUGGACUUUUUCGUCAUGCGCCUGUGCAAGGCCGGCGUGGGCAAGGUCGACUUCGCGGUGGUCGGGAACGGCAAGGCAGACAUACGCCUGCUCGACUCCUCAAACAAAGUCCUCAAGGAGAAGCUUGCCGUCAACGGCCAAGCCAGCCUGCCCCUCGACACGGGCGGCGACGGCCAGAUGCUCUACUUGAGGUUGCGCCUCAGCAGCGGCAGUGGCCCCGUGGGCUACACGGCAACCGCCACCAUCGGCGAGUGCGAGGAGGAAGGGGAGUGCUCGACCGAGCCACCCACCACCACAAGCACCACCGAGCCGGACACCACCUCACCUGCAACAACGACCUUUGGAACCUCGGCCACGGGCCUGCCCAGGGACGGGUUUGAGCCAAACGAGGACAUCCGCAACGCGCACCUGCUCCAGCCCCACUCGGUCACAUCCGGGUUCAUCUCCAGCAAGACCGAUGAGGACUUUUUCCUCCUGCGCGCGUGCGCCUUCAGCAGCGUCGUCGUCACCCUCGACUUCCACGGCGACGAGUACGACCUGGACCUCGAGCUCAUCAACCUCGACAACGCCACGGUGGGCGUGAGCGACUCCGCCACCAGCAACCGGGAGUCUGUGGCAGCCCUGCACCGCGGCAAUCGGGAGACGGCGUUCUUCGUGCGCGUCUUUGGCUACGGCGGCGCCACGGGCCCAUACAGCCUGACAACAAACGUGAGGUCGUGCGAGGCCCGCUGCCCACAGGCGAGGGAGUGCACCACGGGCUGGAAGGGUCCCCUGUGCCAGGCGCCGGACUGCCCCGGCGAGCCCGACUGCAACAACCGCGGUGACUGCGUUACCACGGCCAACCCGCCCAUCUGCAUCAACUGCAUGCAGGGGUGGACAGGCCUGGCCUGCGACAUCCCAGUGACAACAACAUCCACCGAUCCCACCCCUGCCACCAGCACCAGCAGCACCACAGUGGGUACCGGAACACUGGGCACGACAACGGCUGUGGGCGGCACCACAACUACAAGCACCACCACCACCACGACGCGCCUGGGCCCUGGGGGCGUGACCCUGCCACCCAUCAGCAUUCGUCCUGGCAUCGACAUCAACAUCACCGUGCUGGAGUUUGAUCCCCACGAGCCCAACAACGAUCCGGCCAACGCGACCGUGCUGACGGUGGGCGAGCAGCUGGACGCCGUUGCCACUCGCGAGGACAACGACUAUUACGUUGUCACGGGUUGUUCAUCCGAAGAACUGACCGUCGCCAUGGUGUUCUCCGACGAUCGCGGCAACCUCGACAUGCAGCUGUAUGGGCCAGAAGGAAACGAGAUUGCUGCCAGCAUCUCAGGGACCAACCGUGAAAAUGUCACUGUCCAGACCGGCCCAACUGCUGCUGAGGCAACGUUUGUGGUGCAGGUGUUUGGCUUCCGUGGUGCACAAGGUCCAUAUCGCAUUCAAGCCUGCUGCGCCUCAAACAUCACGGGCAUCUGCGUGGCAUCAGCGGAUCCGUUUUCCACCGCAACCAACCCCUUUACACGGCCGCCAGUGAGCGCAUCGGCCGGUGGUGGCGGUGGUGGCGGCGAAACAGCCCCACCGACAACCUCGCCGGCCUCGACCGCAACGACAGCUGCUGUGACCUACGCGCCAGACGCGAACGAGCCAAACGACUCCGCUGAUGAGGCCACACAGCUCGACAUUGACGUGGAGUUUGCCACACAGGGCACCAUCAGCAAUGCCCAAGACAACGACUACUUUGAGAUCACGGCUUGUCCUGACGAGGACCUGCUUGUCGUGUUGCAGUUCUCCCACGCCCAGGGCAACCUUGAUAUGACCAUGGCCAAUGCAGCUGGUCUCACCGCUGGCAGUGAGUCGACGACGGACAACGAGCGCAUCAGCGUAUCUGUGACAGGCACUGGAGCAGAAAACCAGAUCUUUUACGUGCGCGUGUACGGCUACGAAGGCGCCACAGGGACAUACGCCAUCCAAGCCUGCUGCAGCUCUGGACUUGUGGGCCUGUGUACGACACCAACCACCACGAGCACAUCCAGUACGACCACGUCCACGACUUCCAGCACCAUCACAAACAACGGCAACAGCUUCUCAACCACCACAACAACGACUGUCGCAACAACCACAACGGCGGCCGUGACUUACACAGCGGAUGCAAACGAGCCAAACGACAUCAGCGGCACCCCCAUUCAGACGGGCUCGCAGAAUGAAGGCACCAUCAGCACGCCUGGCGAUAACGACAUGUUUGUUGUUACCGGCUGCCAGGGCGAGGACCUGGUUAUUGUCCUUGGGUUCUCCCACGCACAGGGCGACCUUGACCUUGAGGUGGUAGAUGCGCAGGGCACUGUCGUCACCAGCGACUCUAUCACCGACAACGAGCGCGUCACUGUCACAGCGGGCUUUGGCGAGAACGCAACGUUCACGGUGAAUGUGCAAGGCUACGAAGCCGCCACCGGGCCUUACAUCCUCCAGGCAUGCUGCGCCUCCAGCCUAUCUGGCCUGUGCGCAUUGCCAUCGACAACAUCUCCGUUCGUUGACAGCACCUCGACAUCCACAUCUUCGGCGGGCGUCACACAAGGCACAGGCGAGACAACGUUUCGCCGCACCAGCAGCACGAGUGUUACCAGCACCAGCAGCAUCAGCAGAAGCAGAAUGACGACGGAGCCAUCCACUGGCGUGGAGGAGUCGACAUCGUACUCCCCCUACACCACCACCUCGACCACUGCCACCACGACCACCAUGCCCCUCCUUCCGGUGGAAGACGAGCCAAACAGCCUCGCGUCCGCCGCCACGUUUUUGCCGCCUGAUGUCCUCAUGCAGGGCAGCAUUGGCAGCGGAGGCGACCGAGACUUCUUUGAGGUGCCCGUGUGCGAUGACAGCUCCCUCUCAGUGACGCUGACAUGCACUGGCACAUGCAGGGCGGUCAGAUUUAACUUUUUCAACUCGCUGAGCGAAAUCAUUGCCGACGAAGUUGUCACGUCUGCGAGUGCUACAAUCACCAAGAGCGGCAUCACCGGCAGCAAGGUCUACGUGAGUGUGCGUCCACAGUUUUCGAUUCGCGUAUCCUACACGCUGAUCGCACGCGUGGACGGCUGUGGCGUUCCCGAAACAGAUGGCAACGAGCCCAACGACGGCGCUGCCAUUUCAACGGCGCUCAGCCCCGGCCAUGUCAGCACGGGCGUCAUCAGUGACACCGAUGACGUGGACUUCUUUUCUAUGACGGCGUGCUCAUCUGGCGUGCUGUCCUUCACCAUCUCCUUCUCGCACGCUGAAGGCGACCUCGACCUGAGGCUCUUCGACUCGCGAGGCAGCGUGGUUGACAGCAGCGAGACUGCGCUCAACCGCGAAGUGGUGUACGCGCGAGGAUCUCCGGUGGCGUUACCGUUCUAUGCGCGCGUGCAGGGCAGUCACGGGGCCACUGGCGCGUACACCAUCGUGGCGCAUGACGGCUGUUGCACAACGCAGGCGGACUGUGGCGCUUCCCUGUUUUGCUCCAGUGGCUUGUGCGAGUUUUGCGGCGCAUGCCCGAGUGGCCAGUUCCGCGUCGGCUGCGAUGAUUCGCACGCUGGCCAAUGCAGAGACUGUGCACCUUGUCCUGCGGGCAGCAUUCGUGUUGACUGUGGCAGGUCCUCCCCAGGCACGUGCCAGGCUUGUCCUCCUGGGCACUACACGGUCUCUGGCCGCAACGAGUGUGUGUCUGCGCGGAACUGCGUUGCUGGGCAGUUUGUGCUGCGUGAGCCAAGCCCAAGCACGGAUCGCGUGUGUGCAUCCUGUCCAACGGGCACGUUCAGCACAGCGCAGAACGCCCAGCUGUGCCAAAGCCCACGCGCCUGCGUUCCUCCGAAAGUGGAAACCUUUGCGCCAACGCCCACGUCUGAUCGCCAAUGCGACUACUGCGAGUUGGGCGUUGCUUUCUAUCACCGACCAUCGGGCGUCUGCAAGCCCGUGUCUUCCUGCCCAGCUGGAGCGCACGUGGCCACACCACCAACCAUCGCCAGCGACGUGAUUUGCGAAACAGAGUCGUACGUGUGCGCAUAUGGGCAGCGCAGUGUCGGUGCAAACAGCAUGUGCAACUGCACUGCGUUUGGUGACGCGUGCACGGUGUGCAACCGCCACGAUUCUCUGGAGCAGCGCAGCGACGCCGUGUUGUUGAUGCUGUACGCGCAGCCUGUCGAUUAUACUCCCAUCACCUCUCUGACCAUCACUGACUUGAGCGUUGACGCCGUCAGCACGUGUGCGACCUAUUGUCGCCAGUACCGCCCUCAGGGCUGCGUUGGUUUCACGCACGUGCAGACCAGCACAACCACGCGCACGUGCACCCUUGUGUCGUCGUAUCGGUCUGUGCCUUCCGAUGCCCCGACUGCCCGCUUCUACACCCUGCCUCAAUGCCAAUCCUGCGAGCCAGGGUUUGCUGUCGACAACCUCGGGUGCACGCGCAUCACAUCGUCGCCUGAGUUCCCGAACAAUCAGCCAUCUCCACUCAUUCCCAUCAAUGUGGAACCUGGAACCGCCAUUGCGAACCUCACUGCGACGAGCGAUGCCCCUGGCGAGCAGGCUGUGCUGACGUAUGAGUUUGCGGAACCAAAUUCCGCCCACGAGGCGUUUGCUAUUGACUCGACCACCGGCGUUGUCACUGUCACGCGCCCACUGCUGUCGCCCGUGACGGUGCGCCUGACCGUGAUCGCCACAGACUCGCGACCCCAGUGCAACCAAUACGUUGGCACGCAGCUGAACAAGCAGCUUGGCCCAUGCAGCUCGCAGCCGUUCACGCUUGAGGUGCGCGUGGCUGCGCUUCUUGGCUGCCCAAGCGACAUCAACGAGUAUGUGUCGCCGAUAGAUACGAACGCCACCGUUUCCUGGGCCAGUCGCCCUCGCUUCCCUGCAUCCACGUCAUUCCUGACCCUGGCGCUCUACCGAGAUGGCAUGCCUGUUAGUCCGACCGCCACCACGUUCACAGUGCCUGUCGGCCAGACCGUGUUUGCUUACAAGAGCGUGGAAGCGCUUUCCAUCGGCGACCAGCUUGAGUGCUCCUUCACGGUGUCGAUUCGGCAAGGUUUCUUCAUGGAGGCCGAGGAUGUUGACCUGCGUGAGACUGAGUCGUCCCACCUUGCAUUUGUGCUGUCAUCGCGAGGUCUGGCCGACACCGCCCGCCCAGCGCCGUUUGUCAGCGAUUUGGCAUCUCCAUUCUUCAUCGGCGUGCGCUCUGCAAGUGGCCGCCCCCUCAUCAUCUCCCCACCAGAGGGCGUUGAGGCCGAAAUCUCCGUUGCCUUGAGCUGGUGCACGACCAACGCCCCUAUUCCGCAAAACCCGCGGCCACGGCACACGGUGGCUGCACCCGUGAACGUCACGCUGGCCGGUUUCACCUCCACGGAGGUGGCUCAGCCGCCCGUGUUCACGGACCAAGGCUCAUGGAUCCUCACCACAAGCACGCGCAGCUGCAUCAACAUUGAGGCAAAGUCCACCAAAUUCUCCAAGGCGCUCGAGUUUGUCACGUUGGAGGUCGGCGUUGUCCCACCACCCCAGGCCCGCAGGCGUCGAUCACUGCCUGAGGAUAUGGUGUUCAUUCCCUCGUUCCCGAGCCUCCUCGUUGUAGACUUGCAGGAUGAGGGCGGCAACAAGACAGACGCCAACCUGGAUGGUGCAGUGACGUUUGAGGAUCUUGUUGCGCCCCAGUUCCUCGCCUGCCCGCCUGCGGAGAGCGAGCGCACGUUUGCUGUUGUUGGCGACGCAACUGAGGCAACCGUUACCUUGCCGGCCAUGUCUGCCUUUGACACCAUUGACAAGUCCCCCGUGAUUGAGUACCCGUUCCAGAGCGCCAAUCUCUCCGCCAUCGAUUCGCCGCACUCCGUGACGGUGUAUGCCGUUGACAGCAGCAACAACCGGCGGGCGUGCACCUUCGACGUGCUGGUUACCGUGGACGAGCACGAGCUGAAGCGCACCGAGACGGUGCAGACCUGGCGGUUCCCCAUCCAGCGCCGUGUUGCAGACGUGGUGGACCUCGUGUACUUUACACACACCAUCCCCAUCUACUCCUCCGAUAUUAUGACCUUUGAUGCUGAUUUGACCACGCUGACCAAGCUGCAGUUCAGCCUCGAGUCGCCCAGCACCAACGUCCCAUUUGUUGUCCGCUUCCGCCCUCAACCCGUCACUGCCCGCAUCGUGGUUGACGCGCGCUGGCUCGCAAACGGCACCGGCGCUGCCAUCCUCUUUGGCAAGCAAGAAAACGCCCUGGCGUUUGUGCGCGUGGAGGAUUUCCGCUACGACGAUGAGCCGUCCACUGUGGCGCCGCAGACAAAGGACUUUGCCCUCCUCGAACAAGACGUGGCUGCGAGUGAGGAGGAUGGCCUGGUUGGCGUGUUCGGCAAGACGGACGAGCUGCCACGGCCCUUCUCCUUUACGCGCAUCUCCGUAGUUCUCCGCUUCCUCGGUGCCCCCGAUGCGCGCGGCGAGGCCACAUGGACCAUGGUCAACGGCAGCUACAUUGGCGUCGAGUUUGAGUACAACCUCGGCCACAGCACGGUCACCACCACCAACGGCUCGACAGUCGUGGAGACACCGCGUUCACAGGACGUCCGCGGGUUCCUGGCGCUUCGUGAUCAGUCACCGCCGCUCUUCUCCUUCUGCCCAGACGACAUUAGCGUGCACACGGCACCCGGCCGCGGGUCUGCGGAGGUGUCGUGGCCAACACCGACGUCUACUGACAACCGUGAGGUGGUCUCCACCACAGGCAGCGUGCCGAGUGGCACCACGUUUGGUGUUGUGGAGCCGGGCAUGCCGCACCACGUCGUCACCUACGUGUCACGCGACCUGUUUGACAACACGGCCACGUGCGAGUUUGAGGUGCGUGUGGUUGACAACGAGCCGCCCGUGACGUCUGCGCCGCGCAUGGUGUACAAGACGCUUCCUCCCAACGCAGCCGUGGUUUCUGUGGUCAGGAGCGAGUGGGAGCCCGUGAACGUGACCGACAACUCUGAGGAGCAGGGCACAUGGGCCGCGCCAACGCUGGUGUGGGACAACGCCACGGCCACGUACGGCCUUGGCGUGCAUGUCAUUGGCAUGCGGUAUGAGGACGCGUUUGGCAACAACGUCACCACAACGGCGGUGAUCACAGUCAACGAUGUGACGCCACCCUCGGUGGUGUGCCCGAGCGAUAUUGAGCGACUUGCUGCUGUUGGUGAGAGCAGUUCCGUGGCCAAGUGGGAGCUUGUGGCGCCCACAGACAACAACGGCCUUGCUGUGCACGUGAGCAUGAACCGCACCUCUGGCAGCGCGUUUGCGAUUGGCCAUCACGUGGUGCUGGUGGAGGCGACGGAUGCAGCCGGCCUCACAGCCACGUGCACGUUCACGGUGACGGUGGUUGGCCAGAGCACGCAGGCGCCCACACCGCCACCGGGCGGCACGACCAUCAAGCAGCCGCAAGCGUCGCAGUCAUCCGCAAGCACGGGCAUCAUUGCAGGCGCGGCUGCGGCCGGCGCGUUGCUGCUGAUCCUGAUCAUUGCUGUCCUCAUCUUUGUGAACCGCAUGCGCGCCAAGUCGCGCGCCCCACAGGACUGGGACGACAUCUUCCAGCUCAUGGCCCAUUUGCAGGCAUCGGAGGACGGCUUCAGGUAUCCACGCGAGCUGAGCCGACCUGCACUGAAGCUCCUUGGCGAUCUUGGCAAGGGCGCCUUCGGUGUUGUGCACAAGGGAAUGCUGAAAGAGCAUGCAAACAUUCCAGGUUACCUUGUUGCUGUGAAGUCGCUUCACGAAGACGCAAGCCUUGCUGACCGCCAAGAGCUGCUUGAGGAAGCAGCCGUGACGGCGCAGUUCACAUCGCCCCAUGUUGUUGAGCUUGUGGGCGUGGUCACGGUCGGCAACCCGGUGUAUGUUGUUGUGGAGUUUAUGGAGCAUGGCGCGCUAAAGUCAUACUUGGAGAAGAACGACGUGCCCGAGGAGAAGCGGCUGCUGUGGGCCGGCGACUGCUGUGAGGGUCUUGCGCACAUCCACGGCAAGGGCUUCAUCCACCGCGACGUUGCUGCGCGCAACGUGCUGCUCUCCAGCGAGAUGCGCUGCAAGAUUAGCGACUUUGGCCUCGCUCGCGAGAUGGAAGAGGACGACACAUACUACAAGUCACGAGGCGGCCAGCUGCCUGUUCGCUGGACGGCAAUUGAGGCCCUGGAGGAGCGAAAGUUCAACGAGAAGACGGAUGUGUGGAGCUGCGGCAUUCUCCUGCACGAGAUGUGGACACGCGCUGAGCUCCCGUACAAGGGCUGGUCCAACCAGAAGGUGUGGGUGGAGGUUGCUGCUGGCUACCGGCUGCCCAAGCCAGAUGGCUGCCGUGACGACGUGUACGAGCACAUGCUUGCGUGCUGGAGCGAGAGCCAGGCAGAUCGCCCCACGUUUGCUGCGCUUGCUGAAUUCUUCCGCAGGCUACACCCUGACCCCUCUGCCAGCAAUGAACACGAUGGCGGCUACCUCGAGCUCCACCCCACAGGCUCCCUUGAGAAGACUGCGAGCCCAACAGACAGCGGCAACCUGUAUGACAUGGGAAGCAACAACGACGUGGCUGCUUCUGGUGCUGAUCUGUACGACAUGGGCGACGGCGGCGACGCUGCAACCGAUGCUUCCGCCCUCAACACGGCCGACGCGAGCAACCUGUAUGACAUGGGCGCUGCGAACGAUGCCGACACCCAGGACACCACCGCUGCGACUGGCGCUGACCUGUAUGACAUGGGUGAUGGCGGUGAGGACGGUGCUGCAUUUGGUGCCAACGACCCGGACAACCUGUACGACAUGGGCAGCGAUGAGCCCUCGGCCAUGAUGCCAAGCGGGCGUCAGGAGCUCAGUGGCGCAGAUUUGUACGAUAUGGGCGAUGGUGUCGAUGCUGGUCACGCAAGCAGCGUCUAUGACAUGGGAGGCAACGACAACCUGUAUGACAUGGGCGAGAACGACGAGAGCGGCGGCGAUGCCAGCAACCUGUACGACAUGGGAGGCGAUGAGCCGAGCGCUUCGCUUCCUGCUGCGCGCUUUGGUGCCAGGAACAGCACUGGCAACGCUGCUGGCGACUUGUACGACAUGGGUGACGAUGACACCACGGGGACAGCACGUCCACCGCUCAACACGGCCAACUCUGAGACGUUUGGGUUUGGUGAUGAUCUCUACCACAACACGGACAACGAAGAGCAGCACAUCAAUGCCCCCGCCGGCUCUCGCCAACGUGGCGAUGUGACGGAGGCCGAUGUUGGAAAACGGGUGCAUGUGCAAGGCUACACGUGCAACGGCGUGCUGCGCUUUGUUGGGCCGCACCAUGUGACGAGUGCGAUGCGUUGCGGCGUUGAGCUUGACGAGCCACUUGGCAAGAACGACGGCUCGAUCCGUGGCCAUCGCUACUUCAAGUGCAAGCCUGCUCAUGGCGUGCUUGCCACCAUGCACAAAGUGAUGGUGUUGGAUGAGUGAGGCUUUGACGCCAGCGAGGCUCAUUCUCCGUCCUUCCCUCACCAUGUUUGCACGUUGUCUGUUGUUGUUGGUUGAUUGGUUGGUUGAUUGGUUGGCAGCGUUGUGGCUUCCUUUGCGGUGCUUGCGGUGCUUGCAGGCUUGUGUUAGUUAUCGUUUUCUCGCCCAUCUCGUUUGUUAUGUGCAGCGCCUCACGUGUUACAGCGCACGCGCACACAUAUGUUAGAGGAGCUCGUUCACUAGCGCAUCGUUUUCUUGCCAAGCCAAGCCAGUGUUCCUGUUGUGUUAUGAGUGUGUCUUCUGCUGUUCUUUCCUUUUUCUACGUUGUUACUUCUUCUUCUUCUUGCCAUCCCAUCACCUGCCUUGCCUUCUUCCCCUUCUCAUCCCCUUCUCAUCCCCUUCUCUUCCCCUCUCUUUCCAUCUCUCUUCGCUUCCCACUCCCAUGACAGGCGACUGUGCGCCUCCUGCCACACCUGUCGUGGCAACCACGUGUGCUUGCAGGCAACGGCCGUUAAUCUCGCAUGAAAUCGUUUCCAAAAAUAUCAC